GGGAGACGCUUGACGGCCUAAAAGCGUGCUCCCGACUCACGACGCACGCAGUGUGUCGGUAGCACGUACGCCGGUGAAGUACGAUAUUAAAAUUCAAAAUGUCCAGCGUCGCGUCCACCGGGCUCAAUGGCGCGAUCAAUAGUUAUCUUCUUUUAGAAGACGGUAGUGUUUUUCCGGGACGACGCUUCGGUGCCGACGUAUCCGUUGACGGUGAAAUUGUUUUCCAGACUGGUAUGAUCGGUUAUCCGGAGUCACUUACGGAUCCUUCUUAUCACGCUCAGAUUUUGGUACUCACAUACCCGCUCAUAGGAAACUAUGGCAUCUUUGGUGAAAACGAAAAGGAUGAAUACGGCAUACCGUACUGGUUCGAGUCCCAUCGUAUUUGGGCUGCUGGACUCGUGGUCGGAGAAAUUUGCGAAAAGCCUAGCCACUGGCGACAAACCAAGACGUUGUCCGAUUGGAUGAAAGAGCAAAACGUACCCGGGAUAUGUGAGAUUGACACACGAGCAUUGACAAAAGUUAUUAACCAAAAAGGUACUAUAUUGGGCAGAAUAGUUCUUGGUCAACCGCCACAUACUCUGCCAAUAACGCCUCCAAUAGAAGAUCCUAACAAGAGAAACCUCGUUGCGGAAGUUUCUCAGCCGAUUCCCAAGACGUAUAAUCCGAACGGGCGUCCUCGUAUAUGUGUAAUUGAUUGUGGCUUAAAAUACAACCAACUGAGAUGCCUGUUGAAACGUGGUGCUCGCGUGGAUGUCGUGCCAUGGAACUACGACUUCAAAACUGCCGAAUACGACGGUCUGUUCCUGAGCAAUGGCCCGGGUGAUCCCAGCAUGAGCCAAGUGACUGUAGAAAAUAUCCGAGAGGUACUCAAACAGAAAAGACCCAUCUUCGGCAUAUGUCUUGGGCAUCAACUGCUCUCCAUAGCCGCUGGUUGUGUCACAUACAAAAUGCGAUACGGCAAUCGAGGGCACAAUCAACCGGCGACGCAUAACGUUACCGGACGUUGUUACAUGACCUCGCAGAAUCAUGGAUUUUGCGUCGAUGCUGCUCAAAUGCCGGUUGAUUGGGAGGUGCUGUUCACCAACGCCAAUGACAAUAGCAAUGAAGGUGUAAUCCACUCCGUCUUGCCGUAUUUUUCCGUUCAAUUUCAUCCGGAACACACAGCAGGGCCUGAGGAUCUCGAAUGCCUUUUCGAUGUGUUCCUGGAAAGUGUGAAAGACCAGGUUAAUAAUCGUCCUUGCGUUUCUAUAAAGAAUAGGCUCACUGAGAGGCUGACCUAUCGACCUUCGGUCCCAAUCGUGACCGCAAAACCGAAAAAGAUAUUGAUUCUGGGCUCGGGAGGACUCAGCAUCGGCCAGGCCGGAGAAUUCGAUUAUUCGGGCUCGCAAGCGAUUAAAGCGUUAAAAGAAGAGUCCAUACAGACUCUCUUGAUAAAUCCUAAUAUCGCCACGGUGCAAACGUCAAAAGGGAUGGCUGACAAAGUAUAUUUCUUGCCAAUUAUACCGGAAUAUGUAGAACAGGUAAUACGAUCCGAAAGACCGGAUGGUGUAUUAUUGACAUUCGGCGGGCAAACCGCCCUAAAUUGUGGUGUAGAACUUGAGAAGAACGGCGUGUUCGCCAAGUACAAUGUUAAAAUUUUAGGGACGCCAAUCGAAUCUGUUAUACAAACCGAGGAUAGAAAGAUUUUCGCAGAACGUAUUAGCGAGAUAAAUGAAAGAGUUGCACCGAGUGCUGCUGUGUACUCCGUAAAGGAGGCAUUAGAAGCUGCUGAAAAACUGGGCUACCCCGUAAUGGCACGCGCUGCGUUCUCGCUCGGUGGUCUCGGGUCAGGCUUUGCUAACACGAAAGAGGAGCUGAAGACACUGGCGCAACAAGCUCUAGCUCACUCCAAUCAAUUAAUAAUCGACAAAUCUCUGAAGGGCUGGAAGGAGGUGGAAUAUGAGGUUGUCCGCGAUGCAUACGACAACUGUAUCACGGUGUGCAAUAUGGAGAAUGUCGAUCCACUCGGCAUACACACUGGCGAGUCGAUCGUUGUCGCACCGAGCCAGACCCUGUCGAAUAAAGAGUACAAUAAGCUGCGAACUACUGCCAUUAAGGUCAUCAGGCACUUCGGCAUCGUCGGGGAAUGUAACAUCCAGUACGCGCUAAAUCCAUUCUCCGGAGAGUAUUACAUUAUCGAAGUGAAUGCCAGACUGUCCAGAAGCUCGGCUUUGGCCAGCAAGGCUACGGGUUAUCCUCUGGCUUACGUAGCUGCCAAAUUGGCUCUUGGAAUACGCCUGCCGGAUAUCUGUAAUUCUGUUACCAAACAGACGACGGCCUGCUUCGAGCCAAGUCUUGAUUACUGCGUGGUAAAAAUACCGAGAUGGGAUCUUAGCAAGUUUCAACGCGUCAGCACGAAGAUCGGCAGUUCCAUGAAGAGUGUGGGAGAAGUGAUGGCGAUUGGUCGUAAAUUCGAGGAAGCCUUCCAGAAGGCAUUGAGAAUGGUCAACGAGAAUGUGAACGGCUUCGAUCCUUACGUCAAACCGGCGAACGACGAAGAAUUGGAGAAGCCGACCGACAAAAGGAUGUUCGUUCUCGCGGCUUCGAUCAAAGCCGGUUACUCGAUCGACCGGUUGUACAAACUCACCAAGAUAGAUCGCUGGUUCCUCGAGAAGAUGAAGAACAUCAUCGACUAUUACGUGCUGCUGGAGAAUACCGAUCAUACGAAACUCAUGCGCGACUUGCUGUUGGGCGCAAAGCAGAACGGCUUCUCGGACAAACAGAUCGCCGCGAUAGUGAAGAGCUCCGAACUGGCUGUCAGAAUACAGAGACAGGAAAAUAAAAUUCUGCCGAUGGUCAAGCAAAUCGACACAGUGGCCGCUGAAUGGCCGGCCACUACGAACUACCUUUAUCUAACGUACAAUGGCUCUACUCACGACGUAGAAUUUCCUGGCGGAUAUACAAUGGUGAUAGGCUCUGGCGUGUACAGAAUCGGCAGCUCGGUAGAAUUCGAUUGGUGUGCCGUGAGUUGCCUGAGAGAACUGCGAAAUCUUGAACGUAAGACCAUCAUGGUGAAUUACAAUCCAGAGACAGUUAGUACAGACUACGAUAUGAGCGACAGAUUGUACUUCGAGGAGAUCUCAUUCGAGGUGGUGAUGGACAUAUACGACUGUGAGUGUCCUGAGGGUAUAAUUCUAUCCAUGGGUGGACAACUACCUAACAAUAUUGCCAUGGAUCUGCAUAGACAGCAGGCUCGGAUCCUCGGAACCUCCCCGGAAUCCGUCGACGGUGCCGAAAAUCGUUUCAAGUUCUCCCGUAUGCUUGAUAGCAUCGGUAUAUCGCAGCCCAGAUGGAAAGAACUAACAAACUUGAAGUCGGCGAUUGAGUUUUGCGAGGAAGUCGGCUAUCCAUGCCUUGUGAGGCCUUCGUAUGUGCUAAGCGGAGCUGCGAUGAACGUUGCCUAUUCGAAUCAAGAUCUCGAGUCUUAUUUGAAAAGCGCGAGCGAAGUCAGCAAGGAACAUCCCGUGGUAAUAUCGAAGUUUAUCCUCGAGGCGAAGGAGAUUGACGUCGACGCCGUAGCUUACGAGGGGAUUAUUUUAUGCAUGGCAGUAUCCGAACACGUGGAAAAUGCUGGCGUUCAUUCGGGUGAUGCCACGUUAGUAACACCACCGCAGGACAUCAACAUGCAAACCCUAGCGAAGAUAAAGACGAUCUCUAAAGCAGUAGCAGCGUCUUUGGGAGUCACUGGUCCUUUCAACAUGCAGCUAAUUGCGAAGAAUAACGAGCUGAAGGUGAUUGAGUGUAACGUAAGAGUAUCCAGGUCUUUCCCCUUCGUCUCCAAAACUUUAGAUCACGAUUUUGUAGCGACGGCAACUCGUUUAAUCAUGGGGUUAACAGUUGAACCUGUGGACGUUUUAGCUGGCUGUGGAAAAGUUGGAAUAAAAGUUCCACAAUUUUCCUUCUCUCGUCUUAAAGGCGCUGAUGUAACGUUGGGUGUUGAGAUGGUAUCUACUGGAGAAGUAGCUUGUUUCGGCGAGAAUCGUUAUGAAGCUUACCUGAAAGGCAUGAUGAGCACCGGUUUUCAUAUACCACAAAGAGGUAUUUUGCUAUCUGUGGGAAGUUUCAAGCAUAAAAUGGAGUUGCUUGAGUCUAUCAGAAAUCUAAAGAACAUGGGAUACAAGUUGUAUGCUAGCAUGGGUACCGCUGACUUUUAUACCGAGCAUGGUGUCGAGGUAGAACCGGUACAAUGGACGUUCGAAAACAUCGCCGUGAACGAGGAUUCCAGUCCGAGCCAGCUUCGGCAUCUCGCCGAUUUCUUGUCGAAAAAGCAAUUCGAUCUCGUGAUCAAUCUGCCGAUGAGAAACGGCGGUGCUCGGCGUGUUUCCAAUUUCAUGACGCAUGGUUACCGAACGAGAAGACUAGCCAUCGAUUAUUCCGUACCUUUGAUUACGGAUGUUAAAUGCGCGAAGCUCCUAGUUGAAGCAUUGACAAUGGUCGGCGGGAAAGCACCGCGUAUGAAAACGCAUAUCGAUUGUAUCUCAUCACGUAAAAUGAUCAGACUACCCGGCCUUAUCGAUGUGCACGUACAUACCCGCGAUCCUGGAGCGGUCCACAAAGAAGAUUUCGCCUCUUGCACCGCGGCAGCGCUCGCUGGGGGCAUAACAACCAUUUUUGCAAUGCCCAAUACUAAUCCUGCGGUAGUAGAUCACAAGACUUUUGCUAUUGCUAAAGCGCAAGCUGCAGCUGGUUCACGAUGCGACUAUGCAAUCUUCGCCGGCGCCUCAUCGGAUAAUUACAAUGAUAUACGGGAAAUAGCACCGCAUGUGGCCGCUCUGAAGAUGUAUCUGAACGAGACAUUUACAACGCUCCGUCUCACCGAUCUUACUGUUUGGAUUAAGCAUUUCGAAAGGUGGCCGAAAAAAUAUCCCUUAUGCGUGCAUGCCGAAGGACAAACCACAGCUGCGGUUCUCCUGCUGGCAAGUUUGCACAGCAGGCCGAUUCACGUGUGUCACGUGGCGCGUAAAGAGGAAAUACAAAUUAUUCGAGCCGCCAAAGAACAUGGAUUGGCAGUUACGUGCGAGGUGUGUCCGCACCAUCUAUUCCUUUGCCAGGCUGACUUGGAUCGAAUAGGCACUGGAAGAGGUCAAGUAAGGCCUACUCUAGGAACAAAGGAGGACCAACAGGCUCUCUGGGAUAAUAUGGAUGUUAUCGAUUGUUUCGCGACCGAUCACGCCCCGCACACCGUUCAAGAGAAGUCUUCGGAGAAACCACCGCCAGGAUUUCCCGGCUUGGAAACCAUGUUACCACUCUUGCUAAACGCCGUACAUGAAGAAAGGCUGACUAUAGAGGACGUUAUAGACAAAUUGUAUCGAAAUCCCAAAAAGAUCUUCAAUAUUCCCGAUCAGCGUAACACAUACGUCGAAGUCGAUCUGGACGACGAAUGGGUCAUUCCGGAAGCAAUGCCGUACAGCAAAUCGAAAUGGACACCUUUCACUGGCAUGACAGUUCGCGGUUCCGUGCACAGAGUGGUCUUAAGAGGCGAGAUUGCUUACAUCGAGGGGCAGGUGCUGGUAAAUCCUGGCUUCGGCCAAGACAUCAGGGAUAUCCAACACAGUACGAAGGUUCCACCAACGCUCCACGCGCCGACGAUAUCCAGUCAGCUCACAGAUAUCGUCCACAAACCAUUGGCACUAGACAGUCUCCCGUCGCCGAACUAUGAAAAGUCUAACGCACAUAUUGAUCGUGUCGAUGUGCACGAAGACGAACAAGUCGAGUUUACGCACCUCUUGCAACCAGCAUCGCACAAAUCGAACGUCCACUUCGCGCCGUACCCAGACGUUGACAAAGAAUAUUCCAAGACAUUACCCCUUCAAAGAACUAUCUCACCGUUGCCACCCAUUAGCAGUAUCACUAGACACAAAAGCGACAGUAAUCCGAAUCUGCUUAUGACUGCCGUCGCGUCGGUUCCAAUUGUCCAUACAAGCAACAGUCUAGUCGGACAUCACGUGCUCACCGUGGACAUUUUUAACAAAGAAAUAUUGAAGGAUGUGUUCCACUUAGCGGAAACUUUCCGAAAUGCUAUCAGGAAGGAACGAUUGUUGGAUGAUAUUUUAAAGGGAAAGAUCAUGGCUUCCAUCUUUUACGAAGUCAGCACGAGAACUUCUUGUAGUUUUGCUGCCGCGAUGGAACGUCUCGGUGGUCGCGUAAUAUACAUGGACGGUUCUACAUCUUCUGUGAAAAAGGGCGAAACGUUAGAAGAUUCGGUAACAGUUAUGGCGGGAUACGCGGACGUGAUUGUACUCAGACACUCAGCGCCUGGUGCAGCUGCUAGAGUGGCGCAGCAUUGUAGAAAACCGAUAUUGAAUGCCGGUGACGGAACCGGCGAACAUCCGACGCAAGCAUUGCUCGACAUUUUCACAAUCAGAGACGAAUUCGGAACGGUAAAUGGUCUUACGAUCACCAUGGUGGGGGAUUUGAAACACGGCAGAACCGUCCAUUCUCUUGCAAGGCUGCUGACCCUGUACAACGUAGAACUACGCUACGUCAGUCCACCUGGCCUUGAGAUGCCGAGUCACGUCAGUAAAUACAUAGCCGAACGUGGUAUCCAACAAGAGAAGUUUGUGACUUUGGAAGAGGCAUUGCCCGACACCGACGUGCUUUACAUGACGAGAAUACAAAAAGAGCGUUUUGCCACGCAAGAGCAGUAUGAUAAGAUGUGCGGACUCUUCAUAGUAACCCCGCAACUGAUGUCCCGCGCGAAGAGAAAGAUGGCAGUGAUGCACCCUUUACCACGUGUCUUCGAGAUAAGCAAGGAAUUCGACACCGAUCCGCGGGCGGCUUACUUCCGGCAAGCCGAAAAUGGGGUCUACGUGCGCAUGGCAUUGCUGGCCAUGGUCCUUGGACGUAUUUGAUUUAACCGUGGCCUUUCAUCGUUUGUGGAUCAAGGUACCUGCUGAAGAAGGUCAGUGAUGUACGCCAAGGAAAACACACGCCUGCCAUUUCGACUGUGAUGCGACUCACGAGAACCAAACCGAAUAUCUUUCAAGCAUUCCAGUAACAACCGUGACGAGUUUAGCAAUUUAGAUUCAUAAAAGAGUACAAACUGAAGCAUGAGAUACAAUCGACUACUGUAAAUCGGUUCUUUAUUAAUUUCUUUUACUUUCCGUAAAUAAAUUCUUUCUUUUUAGAUUUUUUAGAUAUUUUCAGAGUAAUUUA